GCGCCCGCGCGAUUGGUCCCCGCGGGGUCAUGUGCCCGCCCCUCUGACGUCAAUGGCGGCAACGGCGGCGGCCGCGGCGGCGGCCUCUCGCAGGCGGAGCCGGGCCGGGCGGGGACGCGAGGGGCCGAGGCGCGGCCCGACGGGAGGGGCGGCCCCUGGGGAGGGGGCUGAGGCGCGCGAGCCCCGGCCGGUCCCGCCCGCCCCGCCCGGAACGGGAGGGGGCUGGGGCCGCGGGGGCGGGGCGGGGCGCGUGACGUCACGCCCAGCCGCGCCCCCGCCGGUGCCCAGGCUGGUGCGGAGCCGCGAGGCCCACGGGCGGGACCGGAUCCGGGACCAGCCGUGGUCCCCGCACCCCACGCUCCCCAUGCCGGCGGCCCCGGUCGGAAACAUCCACGCCCGGAAACAUGUCAACGCCCCGAAACAUGUCACCGCGGACGGCCAAGAGCGGGACCUGGCCCUUCAUCUCUGCUUCACCCGCUGGGGAGCAGCUCCUCCUGCAAGCGCUUUGUGGGAUGAACCGCAGUGUCACUCAGGACUAGAGCUGAAAGGAAAACGUUCCCUUCCUGGCAUCAGGAGACACCUAAGGCCGCCCAGCAAAGGCUCCGCUCCCUCAGGCUUUCUCAGGUCCACACGCUUCUGCAGUUAAUACCUUCCAAACCCCCACAUGUUUGCCUUUUCGUUAAGUGAAGGUGCCCUGCAGGGAA